AGUCACCACAUCUUUCGAUAUACAAAAAGUUGUCUCAGAAUUUGGUAGCAUUUUCUGUCGUCAGACACUUAAUUUUAAUGUUUACUUUUACUUCCAAAAAAUUGUCUUGGUCCUCACCUAGUAGUAGAACACAGCGCGCGGAAGUCUUUUGCCACGAACGUCGUGACUGGAGAAGAAUCAGCUAUGAAGAAGGCAAGAAAAACCAAGGAGGCUGCAAGAUCAUCUAAGAAAAGUAUUGCUAAUGAGAAAAAUGUUCCGGUACAUCCCCCUGCAUCUGUGCGAAAGCGAAAGGCUGCCUCCUCUAAUGAAUCAGAGGUGGUUGAUGAUUCUGUAGAGGAUAAACCAUCUGUGGAUGGUGUUGUGGACGACAUCCAAGCUAUGGACAAUACAAAUGUCGGGGCCAUUGUCUUAGUUACAGACGAUACAAAUGUUGGGGCCAACGUCUCAGGUACAGCUACAGACGAUAUAGAUGUUGGCGUUGAUGCCGAAGCGACAGAACCUUUUCCAGGAGGGCCAACAGAUACAUCAUUGCUAAAGAGUUUUAAGAGUCAUGUUGCUGCGGCAGUUUGGAAUAAUGAGGAACGUGGUCCGCUAAGGUGCAUGUCCAAGUGGAAUACACUGAAAGAAUGGAAAUGGCAGGACAAGCAAAAUAAUAACACUUUUAGGAAGUACAUUACAGAGUCAUGUUUGUUACCGCUGCUGGAGUGUACUUAUCGAAUUGUUGAUAAGAUAGUGGUCUCUGCUUUUGUUGAGCGCUGGCAGCCAGAGACUAAUACCUUUCACCUACCAUUUGGUGAGAUGACCAUUACUUUAGACGACGUUUCAAACCUCAUAGGGGUUCCUAUCACAGGCAAGGCGAUCUCUUUACAAGCAGAUGAUGUCAUGAGUAAUCAUGAACUAUUGGUAGAGUUAUUAGGGGUUAAUGACGAGGAGGCAACCGAGGCUUUGAGCGAGUUCAAUGAAGAAUAUGUGACUCUUUCUUGGUUACGAAAAUAUUUUGAAGGUGUGAGUGAUACAGACACAACGGAAGCAAAUAAGUGUGCAGCUAGGGCUUACUUGUUGUACUUGUUGGGAUGUACUCUUUUUGUGGACAAAAGCGGGACUAGGGUACAUGUUACUUAUCUAAGACUACUUAGGGAUCUUGAUGCUGUAAGAGGCUAUGCAUGGGGUGCUAGUGCACUAGCUUGGUUAUAUCGUCAGUUAGGGCAAUCGACUAGAUCUAAGGUCAAGCAAAUGAGUGGCUAUAUGACCUUGUUAGAGGCAUGGGUGUACGAACACAUGCAUCUAAUUUGUAGCCCUAAUUAUGACCAAAAUUACUCUGAUAUUGACCCUCGUGCUUGUCGUUGGAAGCCACGAACGUCUAGUGGAACCACGACAGAUGACUUGCAGAAGAUGAGGAAAAAGUUAGAUUCUUUGACAGCCAACCAGGUCACCUGGGAACCCUACACAUCUCGAAGACAAGCACAUCCAUUUCAUGAGAUAACAUACUUUACUGGGAUGUUAAAAUGCUUUGACGUUGUCGAGCCUUACUGUCCUGAGAGGGUACUUAGGCAGUUUGGACGUGUCCAGACAAUUCCAAAGGCACCGUGUGUCCUUCCUCGAAGCACAAGAGCAACUCAUGCAUCAGUUAACAAGGUAUUAUAUGAAUACAUUGAUGGGAUGUGGGAUGGGUGGCAGAAUCACGUCUUGCAUCAAAAUAACCGAAGCACCCCAGUUAGCGUUGCAUCAGAUGUUGUCUCGGGUACGUGGACUGGUACCACAGAGUAUCUCAUCCUUAUGUUCACAACCCAGCACAUAGUACUUCCUCAUUUGACCCACAAUAUACCUCGCACACAUCAUACUAUCAGGAUCGUGUGCAACGUAUCCUGAACGUCACUAGGCGUAUAGUGGACAUGGGGAAGGAAGUUGCAUUGAGAGAUUUCCCUGAUGAUGUCUACAAGGCAGUUGAGAGCAUACAAAAUCUUUUAGAGGGUCGAAGUUCGGAUGGAUGACUAUGCGUAAGAACUCAUCAGAUUUGCUAAGUAAGCAUCUAAAACUGUAUUUGAAAUCACACCCUAGUUACUUAUGGCACAAAAAUACAAUGCGAUGAGAGUGAUAUUUUCACCUGUAAAAAUCUUCUGUAUGCGCUUUAAA